CACACACUGGCAGAGUUCAGUCAUAAUUUUGCUCCACGAACUGUUGGACGUGUUUUCUCCGAGUUUCCGAUUUGUGGCAUUUUUUUUAUUUAUAAAGUGAAACUUUAUUAUUUCAUUCUCAAUUUUCCAAGUUAUUACUCUGAAGUUGUAUAAACAUGUCUGAACCAAUUCGUGUAGUAGUGACUGGUGCUGCCGGCCAAAUCGCCUACUCGCUGCUGUAUAUGAUUGCCAAGGGAGAUGUUUUCGGGCCAAACCAAAAGCUGAUACUGCAUUUACUGGACAUUCCGCCUAUGAUGGGUGUGCUCGAGGGUGUCGUUAUGGAAUUAGCCGAUUGUGCACUACCACUGCUGGCCGGCGUGAUCCCAACUGCCGAUCCUGCUGUUGGAUUUAAAGAUGUUUCUGCCGCGUUCCUGGUUGGAGCCAUGCCUCGUAAACAGGGCAUGGAACGCAAGGAUCUGUUGUCGGCUAACGUGAAGAUCUUCAAGGUUCAGGGUGAAGCACUCAACAACAAUGCAAAAAAGGAUGUCAAAGUACUGGUUGUUGGUAAUCCAGCUAACACCAAUGCACUGGUUUGCUCUCAUUAUGCACCGUCGAUCCCUAAGGAAAAUUUCACCGCCAUGACUCGGUUGGAUCAGAAUCGGGCACAGUCACAGAUCGCCGCUCGUUUGGGAGUUGGUAUUUCCAAAGUAAAAAAUAUCAUCAUUUGGGGCAACCAUUCCUCUACGCAGUUUCCCGAUGCCAAGAAUGGUACCGUUGAGCUGACUGGUGGUGUGAAAAGCGUUGUCGAAGCCAUCGCUAAUGAUGAUUACUUGAAUGCGGAGUUUGUGGAGACCGUACAGAAACGUGGAGCAGCGGUUAUCAAUGCCCGAAAAAUGUCAUCGGCCAUGUCUGCAGCCAAGGCAGCCAGCGAUCACAUGCGUGAUUGGUUCGCCGGUACAAAGGAUGGUGAAUACGUUUCGAUGGGUGUUGUGUCCGACGGAAGCUACGGUAUUCCCAAGGACAUUGUAUUCUCGUUCCCGGUCCAGAUUAAGAGCGGCCAGUGGAAGAUCGUACAGGGCUUGAGCAUUGACAACUUUGCUCGUGGCAAGCUGGACCUCACCGCCAAGGAGCUGCUGGAAGAAAAGGAGGAAGCAAUGGCCGUUUGUGCCUCAGAUUGACUAACUAAACUGUAAAACGAAACACUUGUAGAAAUUUUGAUAAUCAAAGAGACCAGUUUGCUGCACUUUUUAAUUUCAUUUCUUCAAAUGUUCUGUUUUACGUUGAUCCAUAAACUUGUUUCCGAAUGUACUGAAAGUAUAAUAGCAUUACUCAAAGGCAAAAUUUUAGUUAUAUUUCACCUAGUGAAGAGCCUAUAAAAUACUAUUCAUUCACUAAAGAAUAUAUAAUGGAACUCACAAAA